AAAAAAGGCCAGAGAAGUACCACAUCGUGAAGAAAAGAAGAUAUAGACUUAAAGGAGCAUCAAAUCCCUAGCUGUAACAUCGGAAUCCAGGACAUUCUAAUUCAAGAUGACCAAUCUAUUACUCUGGAUGAUUUCUGUUACCACUAUUGCUACUGCUUCUGGUCUCACCAUUGACGUAGACGGUCCGAUCAGUGGUCCGUGUUCUCUAUGUCCAGAAGGAGCUCCCGGUCCCCGUGGACCACCUGGAGACAUUGGCCUACCGGGAAGAGACGGUCGUGAUGGGAGGGACGCUUCGUGUAAUGGCCAACUAUCAGGAAUGCCGAGUCCUGUAGAUCAAACGAAUGAUGGUAGCAGUGAAAACACGAGUGGUAGUAAUACAGUAAUCAAUGUCAAUAGUAGUGGAGCUGUGUAUAUAAGAUGGGGUAGAGAUGUUUGUGUUGAUGGAUCAGAACUGGUUUAUGCUGGAACUGCAGCAGGAGCUCUCUACACACAUACAGGAAGUGGUUCUAACUAUCUAUGUAUGCCACCUGACCCUAUUUAUGAUGAACAUCAGUCUGGUGGACAUCGUGGUCUGCUGUACUCUGCCGAAUAUCAGACCAGCAAUGCCAUCGGUCGUCUCCAUGGUAUCCACGACCACACACCAAAAUGUGCAGUCUGUAGGGCGCCCUCAGGACGAUCUACCAAAUUGAUGAUCCCUGCGCGGAACGAGUGCCCUUCUGACGAGUGGCGCCUGGAGUAUAGUGGUUACCUCAUGUCAGAUUAUUAUGGCCACAAACGUACUGAGUUCGUUUGUUUCGAUCAUGACAUGGAAGCAGAGCCUGGUACAGCUGGAAACGAAAAUGGGGCUCUCUUCUACAUGGUAACAGCUACAUGUGUGGCCGGAACUGGGCUUCGUUGUGGACCCUAUAUUGACGGUCAGGAACUCACUUGCGCUGUGUGUACGAUUUAGAAAUUGUUAAGAUCGUGUGAUAAUAUAGUGCGUACGUUUAAUUAUAUCUGUGUAGUGUAGUUCAUCUAUUGAAACAUGCAGUGGACAAAAGGAAUUCCCGAAGGAAUAUUUUUCAAUUCCAAGUAGCUAGUACUUUCGAAGUAGCUAGUACUUAGUUGCACCCACUGUUACUUUUUCCAGUGUGCCAUUGACAGAUAAUUUUCAGAAACCUUGAUUUUGGGGGGUUUUAGGUUUUAUAGCAUGUAUACAGCGAGGGAGAAUAUUGCCCACCCCUACCCCCUACUCCUUCAGUGUUUCAAAAAAGUUAUGUAAC